AUGAACGCCGAGGGCGAGUUCUUUCUCAGCGUCAGCGGCUCCAUCGAGUCGGCGGACUUUUAUGAGGUCAGCAACGCCUACUGCAAGUAUACCUACCAUUUUGGACCCGAAUGGAGCGUCAUCGCGGGUAUUGAGGAAGGUUUGUCUCAAAUGAGUAACUGCAGUAACGAUGCUCGCCGUCUUGCUGUUUGGAAUUUUCCACUCGACAUUGCAUUCAAGAGCACGAAUCCUCAUGGGUGGCCGCAGUUGCUGCUUUCAAUUUACGGAUUGGACACGUUCGGGCACGACGUGAUCAGGGGCUACGGCGCCUGUCGUCUGCCGUUAAUUACCGGCAGGCACGAGAAACGGAUCGCAGUGUACGUACCGGAGUCUUCAUCAUUGUUGCAACAGUUUGCAGCCUGGAUCACAGGACGCAGGCCUGAGCUUAUUGACAUUGGAAUACUUGCUACCGGCGAUGGGAGGGAACUGACAAGAAUGAAGGUUCAGGGAUUUGUCAAUCUGACAUUUAAUGUUGUACUGAAGGACUUUUUUCAACUGGGAUUUCACAAUGGAGAACGAUGGAGAUAA